AAAAAACUAUCCCUACAAAAAAAGGACAAUUGACCAAAAGAGGAAUUACAAGAUUGGAUAACUUACCAAAUGGAAGAAAGAAAACUGUCCUCGCAAAAAGAAGAAUACAACAUGAGCAAAAUGUUAGAAAAACAAAAGGACCAGAUGAAUAA